CAGCACUGGUUUACUGUCUUCCGAAGUCUUUUUCUACACUUUCUCACCACCUGGAUUUACCAUCCUUCUGCUAUUUCCAUCUUUUCCAGGAAACACUCAGGAUCUUGCUGGUAGCAGGGGAAAGCCGCCAGGCAGUAAACACAAGAGCUUAAUCUGCCGCCCUGUCCUCAGCCAGCCGCAGCGCAGGAAGCAGACAGCCCCACAGGUCCCGGCCAGCUCGUCGCUCCCAGUAACGUCACAUCCGGGAAAGACCCAUUCUCACAGAAGGCAGCACAGGACCAAAACCUUCCCAUGGACCCUUCUCAGGACCUCUCAACAGUACCAGCACGGAUGUUCCCAUAAUCCACUGAGGCCCCUCAGCACACUAUCUUUCCAGAGGAGCCAUGGUACUCAGGAGGGGCAGGGUCGGCUCCCAACAAUGGCCUGGUCUAGGAGAACUAGCUGACUGCACAGGUCCUCUAGGCAUGCUCAGAGCUGUUUUGCUGCUCAUCAGCCUGCCAUGGGGGGCCCAAGUGAUGGGCAGUGCCAACCUCAGCACUGCUCUGGGCUACACUAUGCCACUGACAGGUGGCCACUACUUGAACAUUGGGGACGGUUCAGUGACGGAAUUUGAGUUCCCAGAGAAGAGUGAGGGCAUCAUCGUCAUCUCAAGCCAGUACCCAGGACAGGCCAAUGGAUCGGGGUCCGGUCCCACAUUGUGGGUUACCUCCUUAGACACAGAGGUACUGACCAUCAAGAAUGUGAGUGCCAUAACCUGGGGCAGUGGGCAAGGCUUUGUGGUGAGCAUCCACUCAGGUCUCGUUGGGCUGGCUCCACUCCAGCUCCAACUCAUGGACCUCCAAAAGGCCCCACCCAUGCUAAUUGAAGAACGGAGAGACUUCUGCAUCAAGGUGUCACCUGCUGAAGACACCCCUGCUGCCCUCAGCACCAACUUGGCCCACUUCUCAGAGAACCCAAUACUCUACCUGCUCCUGCCUCUUAUCUUCGUCAACAAAUGUUCAUUUGGGUGCAAAGUAGAACUCAAGGUUCUGAAGGGGCUCCUGCAGAGCCCCCAACCCAUGCUGUUGGGCCUCUUGGGCCAGUUUCUGGUCAUGCCCUUCUAUGCUUUCUUGAUGGCCAAAGUCUUCAUGCUGCCCAAGGCCCUGGCUCUGGGCCUCAUUAUUACCUGCUCAUCACCUGGUGGGGGAGGAAGCUACCUCUUCAGCCUCCUCCUUGGAGGGGACGUCACCCUGGCCAUCUCCAUGACUUUCAUCUCAACAGUAGCUGCCACUGGCUUUCUGCCACUGUCCUCAGCUAUCUAUGGUCAUCUGCUCAGCAUCCACGAGACACUCCAUGUACCCAUCUCCAAGAUCCUGGGAACCCUGCUCUUCAUUGCCAUACCCAUCGCCACGGGCGUGCUGAUCAAGUCCAAGCUCCCCAAGUUCUCCGAGCUGCUCCUGCAGGUCAUCAAGCCCUUUAGCUUUGUGCUUCUCCUGGGGGGCUUGUUCCUUGCAUACCAUAUGGGGGUCUUCAUCCUAGUGGGGGUCAGGUUACCAAUCGUACUGGUGGGCUUCACGGUGCCCCUUGUUGGCCUCUUAGUGGGCUACUGCCUGGCCAUGUGCCUCAAACUGCCAGUGGCCCAGCGGCGAACAGUCAGUAUCGAGGUAGGAGUGCAGAACAGCCUGCUAGCCUUAGCAGUGCUGCAGCUGUCUCUGCGCCGCCUUCAAGCAGACUAUGCCUCCCAGGCUCCCUUCAUCGUGGCACUGAGUGGUACCUCUGAGAUGCUAGCCUUGGUCAUUGGCCAGUUUAUCUAUAGCAACUUGUUCCCAGUUUCAUGAGAGCCCCCGGGGCCAAAUGUCAUCACUUGAGCCCCAACACUCCUUCCACUCUCCCCACAAUUCUUGUGUACCAAAGGCCUUUAGUUCUCAUGCACUAUGCACUCAGACAAAUCCAAGCUUAUUUUUUUUACUGUUUUUUAUUCUCCAGCUUUCAGUGCCAAAGAGGCUGCUGAGUUAGAUAAGUGGGCACUGCCCAGAAAAUAUGUUCCAAUAAAAGACGGAAGCAA